AUGUAUCAGCGAUAUUUGUUAACGUUCGUGUUUGGUUUAAAUUUUUAUUCAUAUUAUUUAAAACCAACAGCAGCAACAUCAACUCAAAUACCAGUGACUAGAGACUGGCUCAUUGAAUUUCAUCGAAAAAUUGAACCAAAUGAAGUUAAACGAAUUGCUAAACGAUACGGAAUGGUUAGCAAAGGAUCGGUGUUAAAUGAUCAAAAAUUAUAUCAUUUAGUCGAUUUAAAACCAAUUCAUCAUAGACGAAGGCGAGAUACAACACAAGAACAAUUUAUACAACGGCAUAAACUAGUAAAACAAGCUAUUCACCAGGUGGGUUAUGAACGAGCAAAACGUGGAUAUCGUAGUCUUGAAGAUUUAAAAAGUACCUAUCCAGAUUACGAACCACCAACUGAUCCAUAUUUUCAAUAUCAAUGGUAUCUGAGAAAUGAAGGUCAAGCAGGUGGCAAAAAGAGACUGGAUUUAAAUGUGGAAGAAGCAUGGGCAAUGGGUUAUACAGGAAAAAAUGUAACAACCGCAAUUAUGGAUGAUGGUGUCGAUUAUACACAUCCAGAUUUAAUGAAUAAUUUUAAUGCUGCUGCUAGUUACGAUUUUAGUAGUAAUGAUCAUUAUCCUUAUCCGCGUUAUACAGAUGACUGGUUCAAUAGCCAUGGUACAAGAUGUGCAGGAGAAAUAGCAGCUUCUCGUGAUAACAAUAUUUGUGGUGUGGGCGUUGCGUAUGAUUCAACCGUAGCUGGUACGAAAAUCUUAACUUUAUCGGAUUACUCCGAGGGACCUUCACCAAGUGUCCACUUCCGAUUUCAACGAUUUAUGCAUGGAUCGAUAGACCGUACUACUGAAGUAGUAGAAAAUCUAAAACGGUUGCGGCCCAUGGUUCUUCUAUCAAAAGUUAUCGA